AUGAUGCGCGACAAGGACAUGUACCCUCUCCUCGAAGCAUUAGAUCACUUUCGUGAGUUUGAGGCUUCCAAUCCGAGAGAUAAAGUAUACGGUCUCUUGAAUCUUGUCUCGCCAAGGUCCGAAGUGGAGGCACUAGAAGUGAAUUACAACAAAAGCAUCGGAGAAGUAUAUGCUGACACAGUCUUGGCUGUCAUCCAACUAUACUCGCGGUUGACCGCCUUCGCUCACAUUACACAUCGUGCGGACUACGAUGGUCCGGGCCCUGGGGACUAUGAAGAACCCAAGGAUUGCAAGGAGAGAUCCGAAUAUAGGUCAUGGGCUCCGAGAUGGGAUGAUAUAGCAGUUGCACAGAAGCUUGGUGUUCCCGAAGCAGAAUGUCCUUGGAGAACGUGUGGGGAAAACGUAGCGGCCAUGACCGUUGCAAAUCCCUGUGAACCGACACAGCUCUGCCUGAAGGGCAUAGUCUACGAUAAAGUAUAUGAGGUUGGAGAUAGAAUGGACUACUACAAUCUAAAGGACCCGGAGUACAUUGACGAUCCCAAGCUUGCCGAGGAUCCAGAGCAUGCCGACGAAAGCAUUCCUGAUGCCAAAGACAUCAACGACAGUUACGAUCUGACCGAAAGACAUCCGUGUAUCAAGGCUUUUGUGAGGACAGAUAUAGAAUCAUCUCCAGAAAGGUUCGCGCGGACUCUGACAGCAGGUUGUUGGGGAAAAGAUGGCCAAUAUAUUGAACGUCUCAGCACAAGAAAACAAGCAAGACAUAGUAGUGCGUGCACUCAUUUCUUGCUUCGGUUGCUACACGUACAAGAGUUUGGCGAUGAGGGCGAGUAUUUCCACAGCGCCGACUCACUCCAGUUCGAAAGAGACGCCUACGAGGCUUGCAUGCAGCGGCGCAUGUUUUGGACAGAGAAGCGUUCGUACGGCAUGGGUCCACACUGUAUGCAGAGCGGUGAUGUUGUGGUGGUACUUUAUGGUGGCAACACACCCUAUGUGUUGCGACCGAGGGGAGACGGAUACAUAUUCUUGGGCCAGGCUUACGUUGAUGAGAUCAUGCACGGAGAACUUUUUCACGGUUCGGGGAUAUGCGCGCCACAGGAACAAAUCUUUUGUCUUAUAUAG